CCGAGCGGUGCUUUCUGCCUCCAUCUUGUGACCGAGUUUGUGGCCGCCUCCCGCUCCUCCUCCCCCCCCCCGCACGUUGCUCCACUUGGGCGCCAGCGCUCCGAAAGAGGGAGCUGAGGAGGCGGCUGCACAAUUGUCGCCUGUGGCCGGAGCGUGGGGCUGGAAAGGAGCCCAAGCCUGGAGCUGACGAUGGCUGAUCCAGGCAAGAUCAUAACAUAAAGAUCGCAAUAUUCAAUGAGGCACAAGUUUCAAAUGUGUCACCUCGGACCUAACACAGCUGAAGAAAGAAGCACAUACUCGUAAUGCCAGUGUAGACCAAUGGCUGUUGUCUACUCUGGUUUUAAACCAAAACAAUCAAACCAAAAUGAGAAGGAGCAACACACAGUGUGCAUACAGGAUGUGGUUUCCAAAUAACUGAAGUGUGAAGCAAACCUCAUGAAUUUCAACCACAGAGAUUCAGAAAACAUCACUGAUGUUUGUCCUACUGAAGAUCUCGCUGAAGUUGAGCUGGUGAGCAUGCUGGAGGAACAGCUGCCUCAGUACAAGUUACGUGUGGAUUCUUUAUGUCUCUCUGAAAAUGCCGACUGGACCCAGUCUCCAGGCUGCCACAGUCAUGUCUCUGAAAUCUCUUCUCCAGUUCUUUCUGAAGAGACCAUCCGUUACAUGACUCUUCUUGAACUUCCCCCUUCUUCCUUGGCCGGACCUCGCAAACAUGCCCAAGUUCUUGGCACAGACAGACGAGAGCUGGUGACAAACAACUGUAAUGAUGUUGAAGUGGUCACACAUCUGCUGGCUGAGAGAGAUCGGGACCUUGAAUUGGCAGCACGAAUUGGACAAGCCCUGCUUAAACGGAACCAUAUCCUAACUGAGCAAAAUGAAGCUCUGGAAGAACAACUGGGACAAGCCUUUGAUAAAGUUCACCAGCUGCAACAUGAACUAACGAAAAAAGAUGAGCUGCUUCGUGUCGUGUCCAUUGCUUCUGAAGAAAGCGAGACUGACUCCAGCUGUUCCACGCCCCUGCGCUUCAACGAGUCCUUCAACCUGUCACAGAGUCUUCUACAGUUGGAUAUAUUGCAGGAUAAACUCAGGGAACUGGAGGAGGAAAACAUUUCUCUUCGGACAAAGGCCUGCCAUCUGAAGACUGAAACCAUGACAUACGAAGAGAAGGAACAGCAGCUGGUCAGUGACUGUGUCAAAGAGAUCAGGGAAACGAAUGCUCAGAUAGCAAGAAUGAGUGAGGAGCUGGCAAGGAAGAAUGAAGAGCUGCUUCAGUACCAGGAAGAGAUCUCAUCCCUCUUGUCCCAGAUUGUUGAUCUUCAGCAUAAAAUUAAAGAGCAUGUAAUUGAAAAGGAAGAGUUGAAAUUGCACCUACAAGCUUCCAAAGAUGCCCAGAGACAGCUGACAGCAGAGCUGCAUGACUUGCAAGAGCGGAGUGCAGAGUGUCUGGGGAUGUUGCAUGAAUCUCAGGAAGAAGCAAAGGGGCUUCGCAGCAAAGCCAGCCACGCCGCCCUUCUCUGCCGCCCACAGUCAUGUGGAGCCUUUCCUGUGGAGUCUUUGGCAGCAGAGAUUGAGGGAACGAUGCGAAGAGAGCUGAGUCUGGAUGAGGAAUCCCUCUCUAAGCAAAAGGUUCAACAGAAGCGCAUAUUUGAUACUGUCAGAGUUGCCAACGUUGCACGCGGCCGUUCCGCUUUGUGUCCUGCCCCGCUACCCAUUCCAGGGUCAAAUCGCUCAAGUGUUGUCAUGACGGCAAAGCCUUUCCAUUCUGACUUGAGGCAGGUGGAAGGAAAGAUGACUCCGUCUCAGAAGACCAGCUCAGAGAGCCUUUCCAACAGGGAAGCUCAAAAACUCAGCCAUCCUGGCAUCCCUGGACAAAAUGACUUAGCCACUGCUCUACACAGACUUUCCCUCCGUCGGCAGAACUACUUGAGCGAAAAGCAGUUCUUUGAAGAGGAAUGGGAGCGCCAGAUGUGUUUGCUGACUGACCAGAAAGAAGAAUUUAGUGGAUGUAGCACCCCAGUGGAGCGCUGCCUUUCAUUGGGGAGCAGUACAGAACUGACUGAUUUCUCUGGCACCUCCAGCAACAGCUUACGUUCCCUCCUCCCAGACAAACUACAGAUUGUCAAACCCCUCGAAGGUUCUCAGACCCUGUUCCAUUGGCAACAGUUGGCUCAGCCUCACCUCGGCACAAUUCUCGACCCACGCCCUGGCGUUGUGACAAAAGGUUUCACACCGCUGUCCGAAGCUGACGGCUACCACCUCUCUGAUUUUGAAGAAGACGAGGAAGAAAGGGAUGAAGGCAUAACCUUCCAAGUGCAGCAAUCCCCUCUUGAGGAAAAGAAACUCACAGUGCCAAAGUCAUUGGCAGGAAUCUUUCUUCCACCUACUAAUUCAGCAACGGUUUCCCUAGCAGCUUCAAAUCCAGGAAAAUGUCUCUCAUCUACAAACUCUACAUUUACUUUUACCACCUGUAGGAUUCUCCAUCCAUCCGAUAUCACUCAGGUCACCCCCAGUGCUUCAUAUGCCCCCUUGAGCUCUGGAAGUGGCAGUAGUGCAAGCAGUACAGUCACAAGCUCCCCAUCCGCGUCCUACAGGCUUAGUAUUGGAGAAUUCCUGACAAGCACAAGAGACUCGACCAUCACUUUCAGUACAAGCUUACCUAAGCUUCUGCAAGAGCAAGGCAUCUCAGCCAAGGUCUACAACAGUCCAGUCUUGGAGAAAGCGCCGCCGUUUCAUUCUCUCAAGAUACUUGCCGUUCCCUCAACGCCACCCAAUUCUCCUCUGCAUUCCCCUUGUCCUUCCCCUUUGCCGUUUGAGUCCCGAGUAAAUGCGUCUGAAAACUUUUUGGCCUCUCGGCCCGCCGAAACGUUACUGCAGGAGAUGUACGGACAGAAAACCUCUAAUCCUCUCGACGCAGGACAGCUGAAGAUGAACCUGGUGGAGAGACUGAAGAAGCUGGGCAUUGUCAGAGCUGUCAAACAGCCGGAGGUGGGGGACAGUGGGAAGGUUCAGGGGGCCAAGAGUGGUCUCCACCGGCAUGACUCUGCUGCGUAUGUAAGUGCAGGCAGCAAUCUGAUGGGUGGGCUAAGAAGAAACCACAGCCUUCCUGUCUUGAUCGGGGCACUUGGAGGUCCAGUGAGCACAUCCUCCGCAAAAAUGGGAAUUCUAGAGGAGAACUGAGCAGUUCACCAUGGUUGACCUUUAGCAGAGGAAAUAAUACAAAAUGCAU